UCCUCGGCUCGUCUGCUACUACUCCCUGUCCCAGUGCUCCCUUGUAAGCUAGGCAGCUCCAACACCGAGCACCUAUAUAAUCCCCGCACCUCCGAAGCGCACCGGAGAGAGUACACUACGCUCUGCACGCCAUCGCGCACAGCAGAAGCUUCAGCAUCUUCUCCGCUCUCCAGGUCCCCGCUUCCAGCUCGAGGGUUUGGGGUUUUGGGCCGCCGCAUUUCGGCCAUGGCGAUCCUGUCGGACGGCGCCACCGAGGUGAUAAUCCCGAUCGCCGCCGUCAUCGGCAUCGCCUUCGCCGUCGCGCAGUGGGUGCUCGUCUCGCGCGUCAAGGUGGUGCCGUCCGCGGGCGGCGCCGGCGGUGACAGGGACAAGGACGGGUUCGGCGACUCGCUGAUCGAGGAGGAGGAGGGCCUCAACGACCACAACGUCGUCGCCAAGUGCGCCGAGAUACAGAACGCCAUCGCCGAAGGAGCAACAUCGUUCCUCUUCACCGAAUAUCAAUACGUUGGAAUUUUCAUGUCAAUCUUUGCCGUCGUGAUCUUCCUCUUCCUUGGCUCCGUUGAGGGAUUUAGUACAAAGAACCACCCGUGCACAUACAGCAAGGACAAGGAGUGCAAACCUGCUCUUUUUAACGCCAUCUUCAGCACCGUCUCGUUCCUGCUCGGAGCAGUCACCUCUGUGGUGUCUGGUUUCCUUGGAAUGAAAAUUGCCACGUACGCAAAUGCCCGGACUACACUGGAAGCAAGGAGAGGUGUCGGCAAAGCAUUUAUCACUGCUUUCCGAUCAGGUGCGGUGAUGGGCUUUUUGCUGGCAUCAAAUGGCCUUUUGGUGCUUUACGUUGCUAUAAACUUGUUUAAGUUGUAUUAUGGAGAUGAUUGGGAGGGUCUGUUUGAGUCUAUCACCGGUUAUGGCCUUGGUGGAUCUUCAAUGGCUCUGUUUGGAAGGGUGGGAGGCGGUAUCUACACAAAGGCGGCUGACGUGGGUGCUGAUCUUGUUGGCAAGGUGGAAUUGAACAUUCCUGAAGAUGAUCCCAGAAACCCUGCUGUCAUUGCUGACAAUGUCGGAGAUAAUGUUGGUGAUAUUGCUGGAAUGGGAUCAGAUCUCUUUGGGUCAUAUGCUGAAUCUUCCUGUGCCGCCCUUGUUGUGGCAUCCAUUUCUUCAUUUGGGGUCAACCAUGAUUUUACUGGGAUGUGCUACCCGCUGCUAGUCAGCUCCGUUGGCAUCAUUGUCUGCCUGAUCACCACACUCUUUGCAACCGAUAUUUUUGAGAUAAAGGCUGUGAAAGAAAUCGAACCUGCACUGAAGAAGCAGCUCGUCAUUUCUACGGCUCUAAUGACUGUCGGUAUUGCGCUGAUUAGUUGGUUGGCACUCCCAGCUAAAUUCACAAUCUUCAAUUUUGGUGAACAGAAGGAAGUCAGCAACUGGGGAUUGUUCUUGUGUGUUGCGAUUGGUCUCUGGGCUGGUUUGAUUAUUGGAUACGUGACAGAAUACUAUACUAGCAAUGCAUACAGACCCGUGCAAGAUGUCGCCGAUGCCUGCAGAACUGGUGCUGCCACCAAUGUCAUAUUCGGCCUUGCUCUAGGAUACAAGUCUGUUAUAAUUCCGAUCUUUGCUAUUGCUGUUGGCAUCUAUGUCAGUUUCACUAUUGCUGCGAUGUAUGGAAUAGCUGUCGCUGCUCUUGGCAUGCUGAGCACAAUUGCAACCGGUCUUUCUAUUGAUGCUUACGGUCCUAUCAGUGACAAUGCUGGUGGCAUUGCUGAGAUGGCGGGGAUGAGCCACAGAAUUCGUGAGAGAACUGAUGCACUUGAUGCUGCUGGAAACACAACUGCCGCUAUAGGAAAGGGCUUUGCCAUUGGAUCAGCUGCUCUGGUGUCCCUCGCCCUCUUCGGCGCGUUCGUCAGCAGAGCCGGAGUGAAGGUCAUCGACGUCCUGUCUCCAAAGGUCAUCAUCGGCUUGGUCGUCGGGGCCAUGCUCCCGUACUGGUUCUCGGCCAUGACGAUGAAGAGCGUGGGGAAAGCUGCCCUGGAGAUGGUGGAGGAGGUCCGCCGGCAGUUCAACACCAUCCCCGGGCUGAUGGAGGGCACCGGCAAGCCGGACUACGCCAACUGCGUCAAGAUCUCCACCGACGCCUCCAUCAAACAGAUGAUCCCACCCGGCGCUCUGGUCAUGCUCACACCUCUGAUCGUUGGCACCUUCUUCGGCGUGCAGACGCUCUCCGGUGUUCUCGUCGGCGCUCUUAUCUCAGGCGUACAGGUUGCCAUCUCUGCCUCAAACACCGGUGGCGCCUGGGACAAUGCCAAGAAAUACAUCGAGGCGGGUGCGAGUGAGCACGCGAGGUCGCUGGGUCCCAAGGGGUCGGACUGCCACAAGGCGGCGGUGAUCGGCGACACCAUCGGGGACCCGCUCAAGGACACGUCGGGCCCGUCGCUCAACAUCCUCAUCAAGCUCAUGGCCGUCGAGUCCCUCGUCUUCGCCCCCUUCUUCGCCACCCACGGGGGCCUCCUCUUCAAGCUCUUCUAGAAGAGACCCUGCCUCCCCGGACAACUGCAAGCAACUCCACGGCAUUAAUAAACCCUGUAAAAUAACGGCGCACUUCCUGCCUGUGUGUUCAAUUCUCCAUUACUCUGCCUGAGGCGCAUUGCACCGAGGAGUUUAGCUUCCCGGCUCUUUAUAGAGUGACCAUAUCGUGUUCAUCUUUUUUACGUA